GGAAUUUAGAAAAUCAAAUUUCUAACAUUCUGGAAAUUUAAAGUAUUUUAUGAUUUUUAAUUAAGUUACUUGCUAGUUUAAUUAAUUUAUUGUUGAUAGUUUAUUCCGUAGAAUAGAAUAAACUAGGUCUGGGGCAAGCGCGGUUCGCCCGGUGUAUGCUUUAAUAUGUAUGAUGUGAUGCAUGUGAUGCUUGUAUGUAUUAUUGCAUGGUGGAUGAUUGUGGCUUAGUUAUAUUUGUUGUAAUUUUAAAUACGGCCUGCGUGUCGUGCCUCAUCUCUAUACUUUGGAUGUAAUUCUCUUCUUUACCUCAAAUAUUCUUUUCUCUCGAAAAUUAUAAGAAGAUAAGAAGACGAAGUCCGUUCGUGAUAGAGAAUCCUAAGGAAGACGUGAUGGGCCGGAGAUAGAGAUCUCUUGAUCAAGGCGCUAUCGUUUGUUUUUCUUUAGGAGCCACAAUCAUUUCACGUUUACUUAUUAUGCAUGUGAUGUAUGAUUGAAUGUAUGCAUGUAUGUGAUUUUCGCUAGUGCAUACGCGCGGUGUAUGCCAUAGGCAAGACUGCGUUAUAAAUCCCUCAUAAUUUUAAGUCUGUGCCACCCCGACGCCCCGUCACUCGUCAAACCCAAUUUAGAUCGGUAACGGACUCACCCAAGUGAGACGCCCGGUUUACGUUGGUUAGGCGCGAAACCCGUAACUAGGGUACUGACUCGCCCCGGGUUAGUCUUAACUAAGUCUUGGUCAUAAGGAUGAGAGACUUAGGGCACUGCGGUAGGAUCAAUAAAUAAAAUCAGAUCAUCCAACCAGAGUUGUAAAUUGUUACAAUUGGAAUUUAUUCCUACCAGAAAUAAUUUAACUGUAGGGCAAGAUGCAAAGCACAACUAUAGUUAAAUGAAAUAUGGAUCUGGCCCAAUUAAGAAUUUUAUUUAAAAGAAUCCACCAAACCAAGAGUUGUAAUAACGAUUGCAAUUGGAAUGAAUUCCCACCUAAAUAAUUUAACUGUAGGGCAAGAUGCAAAGCACAACUAUAGUUAAAUAAAAUAUGGAUCUUGGCCCGCUAGGAUGGCAAACAACAACACAAACAACCUCGCCCUGCGUUCCAUUCUGGAUAAAGAUAAAUUGAACGGAACAAACUUUGUUGACUGGCAACGCAAUCUCUCCAUUGUUCUCCGCAUGGAUGAGAAAGAGUAUGUUCUCGAAAAGCCCAUUCCUCCUGCCCCUCCCGCUAACGCCCCGAAAGCGGUCAAAGAUGCCUACGAGAAACACGUUAAGGAUGAUAACCAGGUUAGCCAUGUCAUGCUGGCAACCAUGAUAACCGAGCUGCAAAAACAGCACGAGGACAUGAAGGCCCACGAGAUGAUUGUGGCCUUGCGGCAGCUAUACCAGGCGCAAUCCAGGCAUGAACGUUUUCUCGUGAGUAAGGCUCUCCUUAGUUUCAAGCUCUCUUCAGGGAACCCGGUCGGUCCGCACGUUCUCAAAAUGAUUGGUUACAUAACCAAUCUGGAGAAACUCGGGUUCUCCUUGCAGAAGGAGCUGGCAAUGGACCUGAUCCUGCAGUCGCUCCCUGAGCUGUAUAAAGAGGAGAACCUUACUAAGGGCAAGGGUGCUUCCGUCCUUAUGGUCCAAGGCGGAAAGGGGAAGCCGAAGAAGGGGAUUAAGAUUAAGGCUAGAACGGUCGGAAAGCCUAAAUCGAAGUCCACUUUAUCUGCAACCCAGAAACCCAUAGGAGGAGUUGCAAAGGGCAAAUGUCAUCACUGUGGUAAGGCAGGCCACUGGAGAAGAAACUACAAUACAUACCUCGCAACCAAGAAGAAGGAAUGUACGACCAUUUCUUCUGAGGUGUAUGUUAUAGAAGUUAACAUGUCUAUAUCUUCAUCAUGGGUACUAGAUACUGGAUGUGGGUCUCAUAUCUGUACUACCAUGCAGGGACUGAAGCAGAGUAGACGGUUAGCUCGAGGCGAGAUUGAACUCCGAGUCGGCAAUGGUGCACCUGUUGCAGCUUUGGCAAUCGGAACUUA